CCAGAGAGCAAGAAGAAGGUCUCCAUCCAAUUAGGUCGGACGGGUGACUUACCUUUGGUAACCAUCCCCUGACCUACAGGAUCUCCCCAUCUCUACGGGCGACAGCUCGUCUGCUUGGCACUUCGGCUGCCAGCCAUGGCUACCUCUCUCGCCUCUCCCAUAGUUGGCGGAUUGGUAGUUGCUCCUUCCUCCGCCAGUGAGCUCCAGGGCGCUUCCCUUCCAUUGACGAUUAAGUGCCCACCGUCGUCGUCCCAAGCGUGCAAGCACUGUGCCGUGUGUGGCCUUCGCUCACCCAAGUCUCCACAUUCUACUUACUUCCGCAGAAAACAGGAACGCCCAGAGCCAGUAAAAGCUAUCACUACCCUUCCUAGUCCUCUGACCGCUAGCAUCUCUCCCCUGUCGUCGGUGUCAGACCUUAUGAUGCUCGAAAAUUCGUUGUACGGGAGAGAAUUUCUAUUGGACUGUGAGUUUCCGGAAGGCGUAGACGAAGCUGCCCUCUCAAAGGAUUUGAGUGAAGAGGAGACCGAACGGUCGUUGCUGGAGUCACAGUGGGAGCUUCCUUCAAAGGACCCCGAGCGCUCUGAAAAUGGCUCUGAACCACCAGUCCAGCCUAGCAGUUUUAAAAAAGCUAGCAGAAACAUUGUUGUUUCCAAAAGCAUGUCAGCAAGGAAGCGCCGUAUGCAGGCCAGGCGCAACCGAGAUUUGCAAGACCAGACCGCUGAUGCCAAUGUCUUCCGUGUGGGCCUGGAAAGCAAAGGCAAGGGAGAUGUUAGCGAGAAGGAGUCGUCGAGCGACUUCCUUGCAACUUUCCUUACUGAAAUCGGGAAGGCCAAGCUGCUCACAAGAGAGGAAGAAAUUGAGCUGUCAAGGAGGGUCAAGAAGUCAGUGGAGCUCCAGAACCUACGAGCCAGGGUGUCUGAGGAGCUCGGUCGAGAGGCCACACACGCCGAGUGGGCUAAGGCCCAGGGCUGCUCGGUAUAUUCACUGAGGAGGAAGCUGAGGGAAGGGGAGCUGGCCAGGCAUAAGCUGCUCGCUACCAACUUGCGCUUGGUUGUCUCUGUGGCGAAAAAGUACUUAAGAUGUGGCGUGGAGCUCUCCGAUUUGGUUGCGGCUGGAACAAUGGGCCUUUCUAAAGGCGUGGAGAAGUUCGACCCCAACAGAGGAUACAAGCUUUCUACUUAUGUUCACUGGUGGAUCCGACAGGCGGUGACACGGGCUGUUGCCGACCACUCGCGCACGAUCCGGCUUCCUGUCCAUGUGCACGAGACCCUCGGAAGAUUGCGGAGGGCUAAGGCACAACUCGCGAGCGAAGGGGAAAUAGCCAACGUCAAGAAUCUCGCCAACACUCUGGGAUUGUCGGAGCGGAAAAUCGACAACGUUCUUAAGCUCAAGUACAAGACAAGGUCCAUGAACGAAGAAGUCUCGCCAAACAACCGCAUGGAGGAGGGUUCGACAAUGGACAAUUUCAUUGCAGAUCCAGAUGCGGAAACACGGCCCUGGAAAGAGUUGGAAGCGGAUUUCUUGCAGGCCAACGUCAAGAAUGUGCUGCUUGAUCAGCUUGACCCUCGAGAGAGAGACAUCAUCCGGCUGAGAUUUGGAUUUGGGCGAACCGAUGGAAGGACAAUGACACUGGAUGUGAUCAGCCAACGAUAUGGGGUUUCCAGAGAGAGGAUCAGACAGCUUGAGACAGUCGCUGUGCGCAAGCUGAAGCUUCUAAGCCAGGGCAAAGAGCUGCACAGGUAUUGCUACUAGCAGUGCCAACGGAGCUGUGCAACUCGUGGCGAUUUGUUGAUAAAACAUUUGCCAACAGAACCUGCUGCACUGGCGUUUACCGAACAUGACCUGGGCUGGCUAGAGAGUUCUGCUGUGCGCAAGCAGCCACACCCCAGUAACUGUACAGGGAGGAAGAUUGCAUCCAUCAGCAUGUUUAUUGUGGGAUUGCAGCUGCCUCCGUCUUCUAGUAGCUUGAGUACUCUUUGAAGCACCAUCCAUAGAAUUAAGUAAUAUGGAGAUUUUGUUUUCCUACAAUCGCCUGAUGUAGUUUCAGCUGCUUAAGAA